AUGGACUCCAGCCUGGACGGGACGUCCCGGGGGGACAAGGAGCUGGUGUCUGAGACGCUGAGGGUGGAGAGCAAGCUGUUCUACCUCGACCUCAAGGAGAACGGCCGGGGGCGCUACCUGAAGAUCUCCGAGAAGGGCAACAACAGGGAGCGCUCGACGAUCAUCGUCCCCUCCAGCGGCAUCCCCUGGUUCGUGGAGCUGUUCCACUACUACGCCGCGGCCAGCGACGGCGGGUCCCUUGUGAACAAGGAGCUACCCAUCGAGAACAAGGUCUUCUUCUUCGACGUCGGCGAGAACCCGCGCGGCAAGUUCCUGCGGGUGUCGGAGAGCGGCGCCGGCCCCAGGGGACGCAGCUCCCUGAUCAUUCCCUCGGGGGGCGCCGGCCUCACCGGCUGGGCCUCGUUCCGCGACACGCUCUCCAGGAUCCUGGCGGCCGAGGGGCAGUGGUCCGGACAGGCCAUGCCGGCAAUGGAGCACCCAUCCUUCCAGGACCCUGGGUCGGUCGCCGGGAGUCAGAAGGUGGUGGGGCCGGGGCCGUCGCCCCCGGCACUGGUGUCUGCCGAGAAUGGAUCGCAGAUCUUGCGGGUUGGGCAGAAGAGGUUCUUUCUGGACCCUGGGGCAAACCACCGUGGUCAGUUCGUUCGCAUCACCGAGGUGAGAAGGGCCCGAGUUGGGGGCUUGGCUGUCACUUCCAACAGGAAGAAAAUUGUGUGGUAA